UUCUACCAUACUGUGGUCAUAGUUUAAGUUAUCUUCAUAUUCAAUAUUAGUUUUUCUUCCAAAUUACAGUUGAUCUAGAAUGUAAUAUCUUUGAAAUUGCUCAAUUAACUUAAUUCAUGAAUAUUUUUGCAUUAUUUAGCCCAAUAAUUACUUCAAAUUCAGUGACUUGACUGGCAGUUCCUAAUAAGAGUCAGUUGCUCCAACUUACCAUGGCAUCUGCAAUGAGUGAUAAUAUUCUAGCAUCGGCUACUGAAGCCGGUAUUGAGGAUUGUGUUGACAACCUCAGAUACCGGAGAGAUGUUUUGGGGCGCAUGCUUGCUGAUUCAAAGCAUGGUGCUUUGUCAAUGCUGCUUUUAGCUCUAGCCAAAAAUAAUCUGUUGGAGAAGAGUGAUAUACCAGGCCUGAUGGCUUCGAAUCUGACCCAUGAAGAGAAGUGCCUGAAGUUCUUCACAUAUCUUGAAGAAUCAAUAUUGAAGAUUCCUGAACUGAAGAAGAGGCAAAAUUAUGUGGUUGGAGUGCUCAGAACAUUGCUGGACCUUGACCAUGAAUACGUCGCUCUUAGCAUCCACCCACAGCUUACUAGUGCUAUAUUGAAAGACAAAGAAGACAGUUAUUCUGCUGACAUCCACUCCCCAGACUUGGCAAGAGGCAACGCGCUCUCCUCGGAACACACGCCUCGCUUACGAGAAAGUGCCUCGUACCCUGGUGCUGCCUCAGGAGAUUCUCUCAAUUCUGCUGGGCUGCAGCAGAGUACUUCACAGGGCUUUGGUCUGGACAAUUCCCAGGCUCCUUUGAACAUCAGAGUGCGAUAUAAUAACAAGAUUCACGGGCCUCAGGACGGAGAAGACUCUGAUGAAGAGAUUUACCGGAACUGUUCCUCUCCUCGAGGUCUUGUCUUCCUGGCUGACUAUUCCUUCAAGAACAGUAGAACAAACCACGAGCCGAGGCAAGGCUCGCACAUUGAUGUGCGCAACCUCAAGGAACUCUUUGAGCAGAUGGGCUACCAUGUUCCUCACGUCUACGUUGACCUCGACAAGAAAGAUACACUUGCUGCUCUACGCAAGUUUCGGGAAGACUCCCAGCACGAAGACGUUCACUCGUGCAUUGUUGUCAUCAUGAGUCACGGUAAAGGCGAUGGAUUCAUCACAGAUGACGGACUCAUCAUCAAGACCCGUGACGUGCAGGACUUGUUCAACAACCUCAACUGCCCAGCCCUUAUGUCCAAACUCAAGCUCUUCAUUUUCCAGUUUUGUAGAGGUGUGCUGUGGGACGGUGGAGUGGCCGGCAACCCUAGUAAACUAUCUCUCACUAAAGUAUCGCUAAACAUCCAGACUGACUCUGCUAAGAAGGGCUCUACCGAUAGUCUGGAGAACCUGCCCACGCACUCAGACCAAUUCUGCCUCUACCCAUGUAUUGAAGGAUACGUGUCUCUACGUGACCCCGACCGCGGUACGUGGCUCAUAGAGGCUCUGUGUAAAGUCUUCAUGAACCACGCCUGUGAUAAGGACCUCAACAAACUUGUGCAGCUGGUGUCGAAAGAAAUAAUCAACAAUGAGAGCUCCUCAGGGAUGAAACAGAGCUGCGAGAACCGAUGCAUGGGUAUCAUCAAGAGCUUCUACUUCAACCCCGUUGACCUGAAGAACGAGAACAGGUUCCUGGACAUGUCGGAAUUGUCGUCGGCUUUAAGACGGUCCCCUGAAAGUGCGACUUCAAUCCCCACUUCCCCUUACUACUCCCCUCGCCCUGAGAUCAAUUAUGAGUUACCUCAGUCUAAUGUCGUCAUGAGACAAAAAAAGUCACGGUCCCGGCGCACCAGCGGGUCCCCAGUCCCAGGGCCCACUCCCCCAGUCAGUUUCGCCAACGAACUCUUCCCCCCCGGCGCCGACAAGCGGGGCAGCGCCGACCUGCAGUUCCUGCAACCCAGCGCACUGGGACAUGACGACCCCGUCGAGUUCGUCAACAGCUACUGCCCUGCGCUGUACAGUCCUGACCUAUCCAAUCCGGCCGAUAUUGUCGACAGUCCCGUCAACCGCGGACGAGUUGUGAGUAAUGUCACCCAAGGCCUGAACGUUGCUCCUAGCGCGGCGCCUGGGUUUAGUGCUUACGGCGACUACCAAGGUGCUGCUGGUGGCACUCUAUACGAUGAGCACCCUAGCCUGUCAGGACAAGUCGCAGGUGCAGGAGUGGAUGAGACGAACGACGUUCCUGUGCACCGCCAGGUACGGUACAAGCACCGUCAGCGCUCCAUGGAGCCGCUGGGCGCCGCUGCUGGGGAGCUCACGUAUCAGGAGUACCGACGUCAGAAGAGCUUGGAUGCUGGCCUAGGAAGAUGCUAUGACGUGACAGCUCUCAAGCGACUGCUCUCCACUGAGUCUGUCGGAGAACCGCUCAAGCAGCUGAAUAAGCUGAAGUCUCAAAUUACCGACAACGCGCGAGACGAGUGA